GGUAUGCAACUAAACUCACUCACUCACUUAGUAAUUGUUCAAUGAGACGUCCAACUUACUCGCUCUUUUCAAAUAUGUAACAGACUUAUGGUGAGACGUUCAUUGAUGACGACUACUUCCUGGCCCUUGUAGCUUCGUUUGGGUCCGUGAGUGUUGUGGCCGGGAAUCUCUUCUGGGGCGUUCUUGCUGACAAGUAUACAUACAAGCCUGUUCUGAUGAUCGUCAUAUGUGUGUUCGGCGUCUUCACCUCAACAUUCUGUCUCACCGAGUAUGGAGGGAAACCAAUGUACUUCAUCUGGGUGUGCGCCAUACACUUCGCAUUCACUGGGCCCACAACAAUCCUGCCCUUAAUAGCGAUGGAGACGUUCGGCAGCAAGCACUUCUCCGUCAACUACGGCCUUCUCAACACUCCAGCGGCUGCCUUCAGUUUUUCCAUGGCGUUAAUCUCCUCACAUGUCAAAGAUACCAUAGGCUGGCAUGGGAUCUAUUUACUUGCGGCUGGUUUUCUCGUCAUUAGUUUUGGGUUUUCUUCAGUCGUCUUUUUCAAGAGGUUUCAGAGAUGACAAUGACACUGUUGACACAAAACCGUGUGUAUAUAAACAUGAUUCUGU